AAAUUAUCGUAAUCUCAAAAUUAAUUUUCUCGCAAUCAUCAGAACUCCCAAAAUUUAGCAAUACACAUAAAAAAAAUGCCGGUCCUUAAGCCACUUGCAGGCUCUAAAGAUGCUCCUCAACAACAUAAACAAGCCUCAAGGAAAGGGAAGAAGGCUUGGAGAAAGAAUGUCGAUGUCACAGAAGUUCAAGAAGGUUUAGAAGAAGUUAGGGAUGAAUUGAUCGCAGGGUAAGAGAGUAUUUGUACCUCUAUUAUUUGAACAUCACUAACUCAAUUGUAGUGGAGUUAUCGCUGAAAAAGAUUCCGCUGAUCUCUUUACAUUGGAUACUGCUGGAGAUGCCGCGAUUCCAAAGAAAUACUUGAAAGCCUCCAAACCACUUAAAGCGGAUGAAAUCAUUGCUCAACGCUCUGCUGUUCCAGCUGUGUCAAUGAAAAAGCGCCCAGGGCAGGGUACCACGGAUGGAAUUAUUGAAUCGAAGCGCCAAAGAACCGGUUAUAUUUCGCACAAAGAGCUUACACGACUACGCAAGAUUGCUGAUGGGCAUCACGAGAAGACGGUUGAAGCCACGGAAGCUUCAUUUGAUCCUUGGGAUGAGCAAAAGGACAUAGAAGAAGCAACACAAGAUCCAAGGUUCUCGUUUCUCGAGAAGGCUAAAAAGACAACAAUCCCCAGUUCAUGGAGGCAAAAGCCAGUUUCGUUGGCAGCUACUGGAAAAGACAUUCCUGCAGUUAAGAAACCAGAGGGAGGUUACAGCUACAAUCCAGUAUUCACAGAUUACGAAGAAAGAUUAACGGCUGAGGGAGAGAAGGCUGUUGCAGCGGAGAAGAAACGGCUGGCUGCUAUCGAGUUAGAACAGAUUAAGCGAGAAGCAGCAAAUAAGUCUGCGGCGGAGGCGGAAGCUGCUGAAGCUCGAGCAGAUAUGUCAGAAUGGGAGGAAGAUUCUGCAUGGGAAGGUUUUGAGAGUGGUGUAGAGGAUGUUCGCUUAAAUGCUAAGAGGCCGGAGAGGAAAACUCAAGUCCAACGAAAUAAGAUAAAGAGGAGAAAAGAAGAAGAAAGGAGAGCAAAAAUGGCUGCUCAUAACAAAAAGAAAGAAGAACAAGCUGCGCAAAUUAAGAAGUUGGCCAAAGCUCUUGAGGAAAAAGAAAAGGCUCGCUCAUUGACGGUUGUGGAGGACGAUAGCAGUGAAGGGGAUGAUAUGGAACUCCGAAGGAGGAAGUUAGGAAAGAUUUCCUUACCAGAGAGAGAUCUUGAGCUUGUUCUACCGGACGAAUUACAAGAAUCGCUAAGGUUAUUGAAACCGGAGGGGAACUUAUUGAAGGAUAGGUACAGAAAUAUGUUGGUCCGUGGGAAAGUCGAGAGUAGACGUCCCAUCAGUUUCGCCAAGAAAGCAAAGAGAAAGGCCACUGAGAAGUGGACUCACAAGGAUUUCAUGUUACACUGAGGAAGACGAGAUGUGUGUGAUGAAACAUUAUAAUAUCCAAUAGAAAACUUUACCUGCGUUUGAUUUCUCGAUACUGUACCAGAUUUCGUAGAAAUAAACUUCUUUCGCGCUGGAAAUCU